AUGGCACGGGAACUGUUAAUCAUGGGUCGCACUCGAAACCUCCGCGAUGUUGAAUCCAACAAAGAGGAGAAUUCUUCCACCUGGCGUGAUUGGGCUUUUGUCCUAUUGUGGAGUGUCGUGGGAUACACUUGCAUUAUCUUAACAGUACUGACGUACUUCAACCCUGGGCUCAUCCCCUUUGAUGUCUCUUCGUUACUGUUUCGGAAAGAAUUCUCUCCGUUCUUUGCAUUCUCGCAAGGAACCGGCCAAUAUACCAAGCCACAGGGAUUCAAAAUAGUGGCUUUGGUUCCCUUUCACUACCAUGAGCGUACAGCCAUCUUGGACUGCUAUUUGCAACAAAACCUGGCUCAAAACCAUGGUUUCCUUGACCAGGUUGUUUUUGUGCCGCAGACAGAAGACGCUAUUAGCAUGGAAUGGCUGUAUUCCAUCGUCAACCAAACACCAGAGUAUACCAUUGCUCCGCCGGGUCACGAUAUGGAAUGGCAGAUUGCAAGGGAGAAUGUAAUGUACAUUCGAAUCGACGGAGACACAGUCUUCCUCGAAGAUAAUGCCAUUCCAACCAUUAUCAAAACAAAACUCGAGAACCCAAACUCCCUCAUGGUUUCAGCAAACGUCGUGAACGAGGCAGCCCUCGCAUCGCUCCACAGUCAUCCGGGAGUUGCUCUCCCAUAUCUCCCCGAGCUAUACCACGUGGAGCAACCGUCACGAUCAAAAUCCCAACUGAAGAACGACUGGCGCCCUUCGAGUCUUCCGCACUGGCAGGGUCCGCCGAGCUUCAAAGUGACAAAGGGGUUCAAGCCACCCUUUGAAGGACACCGCUGGCUACUACUCAAUGGCGCCAGCUCGGAUCGCGACCCCAUCGCGGCGUCAGUGUACACCGAUACCGGUCCAACACUGGAUGACUGGACCGUAGGUGCACAGCAACAUUAUUCGUUCUUGCACCACUUGGAGGACAAUGACUUGGGUCAUUACAAGUUCCCCAUGUGGGUUGAUCCGACCGAGCGUAUCAGCAAAAACUUUGGAUGCUUCUGGGGUAAUGAUGCGAUCGCUGUGCGUCAUAUUUUCAAUCACCACAGCAAUCACACUUCUUCUCGGUAUAGAUCAGAUGGUAAUCGUCCGCAUGUCAUUAUUGAUGGCAAGGGACUGGUGUCACAUUAUUCUGCCCGUCAAGGUGCGGCUGGUCUAGACACUACAGAUCUUGUUUGUCGUUACCGGGCAUAUGCGCAGGAGAACGUCUGUCGACAGACUGAGUGA